AUGGCUACCCACAUCGAUCUAGCCGAAUACCUCUUCCGGAGGAUUCGUCAAGUCGGGGUCAAGUCAGUACAUGGCGUUCCUGGAGACUACAACUUGACCGCCCUGGAUUAUAUUGAACCAGCCGGUCUGGACUGGGUCGGAAAUGCCAACGAACUGAAUGCUGGGUAUGCUGCAGAUGGCUAUGCCAGGAUCAGAGGCCUGUCAGUUCUUGUCACGGCCUUUGGUGUCGGGGAGCUGUCAGCCAUGAAUGCUAUUGCCGGUGCAUACAGCGAAAUGGCUCCGGUCAUUCAUAUUGUGGGCACCGCUCCGACCAACGUGCAGGACAACAAGUUAUGCAUGCAUCACUCACUGGGGGACGGCAACUUCAGAAUCUUUGCCGAGAUGUACGCAAAGGUCACCGUGGCCCAGGCCAAUCUGAGGGAUCCAGCUACUGCAACGGCACAGAUUGAUCGCUGCAUCAGAGAAUGUGUCCUGCAGAGCCGACCGGUCUACCUUGAACUACCAACCAACAUGGUAAAGGCCCAGGUCUCGGCAGCGGCGCUUGAUGUGCCUAUUGAUCUUUCGAUCUCGCUCAAUGACGAAGGCUUUGAAGACACUGAAGUCGAGCUGAUCCUCAACAAAAUGUACUCGUCCAAACAACCCUUGAUCGUUGUCGAUGGGUGCACGUCAAGAUACGGUGUCAGCGAGGAAGCCGAUGAGCUGGUCCGGGUAACCGAGUUUCCAACCUCGACCACACCUUUUGGCAAGGGGAUUGUCAAUGAAACAUACCCCAACUUCUAUGGGAUUUACGCCGGUAUUGCCGGCAAUGAAAUAUACAUGCCCUGGGCUCGAGGCUGCGAUUUGGUCAUCAAACUGGGACCCUUGGAAAGCGAUGUCAACACCUUUGGGUUCAGCACUAUUCCGGACCCCAAGUCAGCCAUUGUUUUCCAUCGCGACUACGUCGAGAUCGGCGGGACCAAAUAUCACAACCUUCAUAUCAAAUCUCUCCUCCGCAAAAUCCUCUCAAAGUUGGAGAAGGACAAGCUCCCCAAGUAUAGCCCGUCCAUGGACCUCGGCCACCCAGGUGUUCAGUUGAUGGCUCUGCCCCCGGUCGGUGAGGACGAUGAGAUCGACCAGGCCACCUUCUACCAACGAUUUUCCAGAUUUCUCCGUUCUGGCGACAUCGUUUUGGUGGAGACGGGUACAGCGGCAGUAGGAUGCCGAGAUAUGGUCCUCCCUGCACACGCCUCCCUCAUCAAUUCUUGCAUAUGGCUGUCCAUUGGCUACAUGCUCCCAGCAGCCCAAGGUGCGGCCCUAGCUCAACGGGAGAUGAUUGCAGAAGGAAAGCGCCCCGACGGCCGCACUAUUCUCAUUGAGGGUGAUGGCAGUCUGCAAAUGACGGCGCAAUCCAUCAGCGAUAUGAUCCGGAAUCGUGUCGAUGUGACUAUUUUCGUCAUCAACAAUGACGGAUACGUGAUUGAGAGAUGGAUCCACGGCAUGAAGGCGGGCUACAACGACAUCCAACCGUGGAGAUAUCUCGAAGCACCAAGCUACUUCGGGGCACCCAAGGACGACCCUGCAUAUCCGGUGGUGACUAGGCGAGCUGAAACUUGGGGUCAAUUGAAGGACAUUUUGGCGGAGCCCGGGCUUCAGGCAGGCAAGGGCCUCAACAUUGUCGAGGUCAUCAUGGACCGAGAAGACGCCCCAGACACGCUAAAAAAGCUGGUCCAGAGCACUUCGCGGAGAAAUAGUGGUGAGGCCGAACGUCCCCAGGUGCGCCAGCCCAUGAGCCACGAGGAGAAGGUCAUGAAAGUUGCCGGAUAA